GAAGGUAUCCUUCGGCACACGCUACGUCACUGUUCGCUGCACUUUGGCUGGCAGCAGUUGAUUGUUUACCGCGCCGGUCGCAGUGACGCAAGCGCCACGUGAGCAGCAGUUCAGCCCGCGCAUACAGUGUGAAGUCGCUCUGGGCUUCAGAAGUCGAUGUUGUAGCCCUCCGCUCCGUAGACGGUAUACGACGGAUUCAACUCCAACGGUCAACCCGAAGAACACCAAUAAAUCAUCUCGCAGCCGGACGAGGUUUUCGGCCAGUGGCAUUGAAGAGUCAUCGCCGAUGGAACCCACCCAGGAGGUUAUGGAGACCACAGCCGUGGACCUGGGCGCCCUUCUGGACGCAGGGGACGGCGCAGUCGUCACACUGGUGGCGGGCGGCAACCGUCUUGUGGCGCACAGGGCCGUGUUGGCCGAAAGAAGCCCCGUGUUUGGCGGCAUGUUUCGCCACGACUCACUGGAAGCCAACGCCGGCGAGGUCGCAAUCCCGGACGUGGAGGGACCAGUGCUCCGCCAGCUGGUCGCCUACCUCUACACCCUCCAGGCCCCUCAGCUGCCCAGCCUGGCCCCCCAGCUGCUGGCAGCCGCUGAUAAAUACGGCGUGUCGGCCCUGAAGGCUUGGUGCGAGCAGGUCGUGGCUGCUCAGCUGUCAGUCGAGACUGCGGCGGCCGCAGCUGUUCUGGCGAUCAGGCACUCCUGCACCAGCCUCAGGCAGGCCACCGUUAACUUCAUCAAGGCCAAUGUCACGCAGGUUAUGAGCACGCAGGGCUGGGCUGACGCAGUGCGCACUCAGCCUGAAGAUGUGGUCACACUGGGUCACCUGCUGGCAGAUCUUCCAGCAGAAGCCAGCACGCCGGUCUCUGCAGAUGGCAGCAGUCCGCAGGGCGACCGCGGCCGCACCCCUGCCACUGAUGUGCCGCACACGGCUGCCUGCACCGCUCCUCCGCCAGAUGACUCUGCCGUCUCUCGCCUGCGGAGCCUGCCUCAAAAGGAGAAGAACAGCAGGCUGAUUAAGGCAGCGAAGGAGGAUGCAGUCACCGAGCUGCAGACGCUGCUGGCAGCUGGUGCGGACGUGGGGGCGAGGGAUGAGGACGAGCGCAGGUACACUGCCCUGCACUGGGCAGCAGAGAAGGGACAUGAGAAGGCAGCGAGGUGCCUGGUGGUGGGUGGAGCAGACGUGGACGCCAGGAGCAGCGGCUGGCAGGAGACGCCUCUGCACAAGGCUGCAGGUAAUGGCCACGAGGCUGUGGCGCGGCUUCUGCUGGUGGCAGGGGCGGAGGCUGAUGCCAGGAACAAAACGCAGAGCACGCCCUUGCUUGUGGCUGCAUAUCAUGGCCACGUGGCUGUGGUGCGGCUGCUGCUGGCGGCCACUCCUUACCACAACGCCAGAGAUCAGUGGGGACGAACGCCGCUGCACAAUGCGGCUCUGCGCGAACACGCAGAGGCGGCUUCGGCACUGCUAGAUGCUGGGGCCGACCGCUGGGCCAGGAAUAACGAGGGGAAAACCCCACUGGACCUCGCCAAGCAGAACAACCACCAGCAGCUGAUGGACAUGCUAAGGUGAAGGUAGCUGUCUGACAGGCAUCCUUGGACUAAAACGAAAAGAAUUCCAUUCCAUGAGUUUUCUUCAUUAUUAAAAUAUAGACUGUGAUAAAUCUAAACCUGAAGUAUUCACUGUUUCUGUACUACCAUAAUGUUGUGCCUCGGCAGACUUUUAUGGCCACUUCUGGUGAACGCUUCAAUAGAUCUAUAGUACAUAAUAUUAUUCCAAUUUCAAAUCGUGGCACACGUCUUUGAUUUUUGCUGUAUUUUUCUGAAAUUAUAAAAAAGCUGCAAGAUUAAACUUCUCUCAAAUGUGAAAAACAUGUUCGAAGUUUCAAUAAGGUCAUGAACCUGGGAACAAAUCAGACUCAAAUUCAAAAAUACAGUGUUGAAGAAAUUCUCAACUGCAGCAAUAUACCUGUUACAUUAUUACUUUACUACAACCAAUAAUUAGUAAAUUAAAUGAAAUUAAGAAUGUUUUACAAUAAAACUGUUAAACAUUAAAAACCUGUCGAAAUAGGAGCUUUUGACAACUAACUCAACGUUCAGUUCUCAAGACAGGUGAAACUGUUAACAGAUUAAAGCUACUAGGUUUAUUUGCACACAUUUGCACCACAUGUUUCAUCCUAGAACGCUUUCUUUGCACCACUGACAGGGCGUGGCUUAACAUUAUGUAAAAACUGUUAAGAAUAUAUAUAAUUUUCUUUACAAUAAAACACUCUAACUGAAGAAUUAACAAUAUAUUCGAAGUAGGAUCAAUUUCCUAUGCAGUGUUUAAAUAUGUAGAACACAAAUUGUUUGCAAAUGCUCCACAGUUCAUUCCCUCAUCUCUAAAAACAAAACAUUAGAAAAUGGAACAAACUGCUUACUACAUUGGUUCAUCUGAUUCUAAAAUUGAUUUUUUGUCUGUAGUUAUCUGGAGGGACUCGUGUUUUCCUGGGGACAUUAUCCAGUAGGAUCAACACAUCCCUUACUUGUAAGUAUGAAAAUAUCAUUGUAACAAAAGUGACAAUGAGAAAUAUCUACGCGGUCAUGCUGAAAACUAAUGCUUCAGAAAUUUUUAUGCUGUUUUCUAGAUUCGUUGAUGUCUUACAUGUCAUGCAUGCUACUCAGCCGACUUUUCCACUCCGCUCACACAAGCUACUGCUCGCUGCAACUAAACUGUAGCAUGUGAUAAGGCUUGGUGUAGCGAAACUAUCUCAGCAUACUGAGACACUUUCAGAAAACUGUCCACACGUGGACCAUCCUCUCCUGCUCGACAGUGGUAUAACACACAAGAGCACUGCAUCUCUGCAACUGUCCAAUACCUCGACUUCACUGUCUCUGACCAUCCUCCAUACAUUUCCGACUUGGCCCCAUCCUGCUUCCAUGUGUAUCCAGAA